AGAGAGAGAGAGAGAGAGAAAGAGAAAGAGAAACGGUCGAAUUGAGCUGUAUCUAUCGCGGUGGGUCACUCAAUGAGAGCCAUUUAGAGCCAGAGGCGACCCGGAGCGCGCAGGAGCCGCAGUCAGAGGCAGACCAUCAGUCAGAAUCACAUAGUCCAGCAGCAGAGAGCACAUUGCUCCACACACACACACACACACACACACACACAUAUAUACACACACACACACGCGAAAAGACACAGACACGGAAGAGAAGUGAGUGAAAGAAAGAAAGAGAGGCAGAGUGAGAGACGAUCGGCGAUACGACCAGUUGAAGUUUGACUGUGCGGGAUAGGAAAGAAAAAGGCUGAAAAGUGCAACCCAAGAGGCCGGGAAGUGUUGGUCAAGAUGCCGCGGGUAGUCCCGGACCAGAGGAGCAAGUUUGAGAAUGAGGAGUUUUUCCGCAAGUUGAGCAGGGAGUGUGAGAUUAAAUAUACUGGGUUCAGGGACCGACCCCAUGAAGAGAGACAAGCUCGCUUCCAGAACGCCUGCAGGGACGGACGGUCAGAAAUAGCCUUUGUAGCUACAGGUACCAACCUCUCUCUCCAGUUCUUUCCAGCCAACCUGCACGGAGAUCAGAGGCAGGUCCCUGCAAGGGAGUAUGUCGACUUUGAGAGAGAGACAGGAAAGGUCUAUUUAAAGGCUCCCAUGAUCUUGAACGGGGUGUGUGUGAUCUGGAAAGGCUGGAUCGACCUACAGAGGCUGGAUGGGAUGGGAUUGCUGGAGUACGAUGAAGAGAGAGCGCAGCAGGAGGAUGCUUUGGCCCAGGCAGCGUUCGAAGAGGCGCGACGCAGAACCAGAGACUUUGAAGACAGAGACCGAUCACACAGAGAGGAUCUGGAGGACCCUGUGGUUUCUAAAAUCUGGGACUGAUGACAGACAGACAGCCAGCAGAAAAGAACAGGUCCAGACGACAGCAGGACCCCAGCCCUGGCUCAAACAUGGCCAACGCUGACGCGGAACACAAGAUGCGCUGAGGAGGAAGAGGAAGUAGAGGAAGGAGGAAGAACCAAAAAAAAAAAAAACAACAACAAAAAAACUGGGCUGGCUGUCCAUUCACUUUUAAUACAAUCAACUGGGGGGGGGGGGGGAAUGUCAACUGAAACUGCAAUGGUUGACCAAUUGUUCAUAGUUAUUUCCCGACAGAUUUGAUAUCAUCGUUUUUAAAUGCCAAACAUUUUUGACAUAUUUAAAUGUAGAAAAUCAACUUCCUUAAUAGAUUGAAUUGAAAGUGAACCAAGCCUUAAAAUAGAAGGAGUAACAGAAAAAAGGACACAGCAGACCUGGGCAAAAAGUAGUGAAUGUAUUUAAAUACAGAGGACAAAACAUGAGCUGUUAAAUUAGCACUAUAUUGCAGAUGUGACACAUCCAAAAAAUGAGGUUGAUUUUUUGAGUCAAAUGAGUGUUUCAGACAUAUGAAGUAGAGAUCAAAUUAUUCAAAGACUUCUACAUUUUUUUGUCCAGGUCUUAAAUGAUUUCAUGGAUAGGUCAGAUUCAAGUAGGCUACCAAAAGUAUAUUUUCUAUUAAUACAAGAUGGGAGAAGGGUUGUAAGGGGGCAUAGAUGGCAUUGCCUGUAAUGAUAGCAGUAGGAGGAUAGAUAGAAGCUGGAAGAGCAGAGAAAAUAGAGAUUUGUUUGGCUCAGGGUGACGGUCGGGGCUUAUUGGUCAGGAUUACCAGAAGAGCAUGCAUCCAAAGUGAGGUGUUGACAGUCUGUGAAAAGGAAAAGAUGCAUUGUGUCUGCAUUGUCCACUGUUGUGCAACACAUUUGUGAAUAUGUCCUUUUUAACCCCAACGAUAUCUAGCUCACGUCCUGAAACCUGCUGUUUUCUUAGACCAAAGUUCACAUUGCUGGAAAGGGAGGGAGUGGGAGGGGGCGCAGGGAGGGAGGGAUGGAGGGGGAUGAAGGAAGGGGAAAGUGAGUCGCGCUAAAAAAAAUUAAAAGUGGUCAGGUGGGAGGAAAGCAUCCGGAGAGAAUUACGCCAGGUUGUAGUGUUAAGAAGUGUUUGUUGUACUAUAAUAUUCAUGAUCUCUUUGAAACAUUACUAUGGUGAGAUGCCCAUGACUACAGAAUCACGGGUUCAAAUAUGUAGCAACAACCUCGAGGCGUGACGGUUAACAAAGAAAACUGCUACAAGGUCUGACAUCUUUGGCUCUGGAAGCAAUCUGAAAAUGAUGGGGUUUUUUUAUUUGGGGGAGGGGGGAAUCAAACACCCUCUGUCUUCUGAGGGGUUUUGCACUAUGUGAUACAAUCAGAGUUGUUUUCCACAUGGAUUUUCUUUAUAUGCAUGAAACCAAACGCAGGCCUACCUAUGUUCUAGGGAGAGCACUGUCUUUACAGCGCAUUGAUAAGGAAUAACUGGGUGAUUCAAGGCUAUGUCAUUAUGAAGCCAAAAGUAGGUGGGUUCUUGCCGUGGCCCCAAACAGUAGCAUGCUCGACAAAGCACAAACACAUCUUUUUUUUUAAAUUUUACCAGGAUGUGUCACCCAGGUGGACUUGGAGAGCCUUCAUUUUGGCCCCUUUUCUUUAGAAUUUAGUCUUUUGCUUUUUCAGUGGUACAAAGUCAUCAUAACAUAGCAUCGCUGUCCAAUGGUGACCAUGUAACUCUACUUUUUGUGAUUUAGAAUUGAGUGUUCCUUCAUGGGGCGGAGAAACAUUUACUAGUUUGUAAGCUAAAUAAACGGUUUAAAAAGCCAUUGUGUUUGUGAAGAUUGCAUUGUCGCAGAGCUAACAAUGGCUUUUUUUCCUAAGCUCAUGAAAAGGUCGUGUUUUGGUGAUGCGUGGUUUUCACUAGACAGCGUGGAUAGGUACCGUACUACUAUUACACGCUAUUAUUCAAAUGGACAUCAGCAAAGACAAAAGUUCAAAAACACUUCCACUAAAAACUGGUCAACUUCCACUUGCUAUCAACAUUGAUAAUGUAUCGGCUCAGAUGGCAGACUGUACAGCCUACUGUACCAAUCCAAUGUUAGAAUCCAUGUAUCCAUCGAUCAAUCGCCCAGAUAUCCCUUAUCAUGAACGCGCUGUCAAAGCCUCGAUGCAAUCUAAAUACUAUUCCCUGUCCUGUUACAGCACUAGUGUAAUGAAAUGGUAUGUUUUGUUAUCUUAUCGUUUUGUUUGUGUGAAAGUCACGAUGUUUACUUUUUAUAUUACUUCACACCUUCGCAUAUGUAUUCAUUUUUGUUCAUCUUUCAGCUUUGUUAUGAACUAGUAGUAGCAGCAGCAGCGUUAGGCUAUUUUAUGUAAAGUUGAAAAUUACAAAAAGUCUCCAGAAAUGUGGGAGUUUGAGGACUUUUGUCGCUUUAGUUUUACAUUGUUUCUUAUUAUAUUUUUAUUGUGAUUUUUUUUUUUAGGAAAUCCACUUCCUGGGUUAUAUACAAUGAAUUUGUAUUGACUCAAGCCCUGUUUUCAAUUUCAUUUCCCAGUGUGCUUUACAUUUAGUGCACUCAACGGUUUUAUUAUAAUUCUUAUAACCAAGGCAAAUCUUUUGUUGUUAUGCUUUUCUGUUUUCUCAGUCUGAUUUAUUUAGACUUGUGAUGAGCUUUACAUGAGCUAAGAAAACUGGUCAUUUUCGUAUCUAUUGAUAGCGUGUUUGUAACAUUUUACAAGAAGUUUUACAGUAAAGAAACGUUGUUGAUAAUAGUUGAAAUUAAAAUAAAGUGAAUUGAAAGCUCAAACAAUGUGAUAAACUCGAUGAUACAUGACCUCAGCCCGAGUGGCUACAGAGAGGUUAAAUCGAAUAUAACUAAGAGGAACGGUUUUAGCUGCAAUGGUCAUUUUUUUUGUCAAGAUUCUUACAGUGUCAUUAACAGAAACACCAGGCCAGCUCAGGGUGGAACAAAAAACAACGCAGGCUUCUCAUCCUGACAACUGAAUCCUCGGCCUACAUGGGGGGAAUUCAUUCAGAUAACCUGGCGUUGGAGAAUUAACUUUCUCAUUGGCAGCCUUAUUAUUUUUUACCCCACAGAGAUUUGGGGGGAAAAAAACAAAAUUGAAUGUUUGUUUGGUUUUAAAUUCAAAGCAUGUUGAUCCCUCAAAGUCAGCUGGCCUGUGGGCUUAAUUAGUUAUAGAAUAUGGAAAACUUACUUUCUGUCUGAGGGAGCCUACAAUGUGAAAAGUGAUGGAUUUUUGUGACUCAGCUGAGUUUGAUAUUGUUAUGUUGAUGAGAUGAGACGAUGUAGUGAGGUGGCAUUAGAGACUUGGAGGCGAGGCGGGUGGAGGGACACAGGAAGGUUGUUGUGUUCAGCAAUUCUUCAUCCAGUGUAGAAAAGGUUUGAGGAUCCCAGCAGUACAUACCAGGAAAGUUGGUAUCUUUGAAUCCGACAGUUUAGACGGUGGUGCGAUCACUGGGAACUGCCAGAGCACUGGGUAUGAACCAGUACAAGGAGAGGUGAGGUGUUGGUGGACAGUCAGAGACAGUACGGUUUGGGAUGGCCACCCCAUCCCUAACGUGUUUAGGCUCACUGGAUGCGUUUUGGAAAUAUGUAAGUCAUGAAUUAAUCGGUUAUGGCUGUUUCUCUGAUCCAAUCUUAGAAAUAACACCACUUCUGGGUAGAUUACAGCAUCGAGAACCGGUUCCAACCAAAAAUUACAAUUCCAAUGUUAUAUUUUUAUUGGAAUCGUUUGAAAAUUGGGUUUUGAAUUUGCUCAUUCGUGCAAUAUUUCAUGCGGUUUCCCAUAGUGGCCGGUGUACUUCCAGGAGCUUGUUGUGUUGCAGCCAUGGAGCACAGCAAGCGGCACUUUUAAGUGGGGCUUUAUCUUACGCUGAAAAAGCCCGGUUAAACUGUAAAUCACCAUUGAAUGAAAAUGAAAUGUUCCCCUUAUCUGUGAAAUAAGCAUGUGGCCCGUUUCAACUCCACCCCUCAAAGAACCAGAAUCAAGAAUUGAUAAGAAUUUGAAAGGAAGAAUCGGAAUUGGAAUUAGAAUUGUUCCAACCCUACCCAUGAUGGACUUCAAACAUCUGGCAUGUCUGUAGCUCAACUACAUAUCAACAAUUAUAUCUCUAUGGAUUUAAACAGUGUGCUGAGGUUAAGAAAACAUUAAUGAGGGAUCGGUUGGAAGAGACAGAUGAUUUGUAGGUUGUAGUUCGGAAGUGACCCCAGUGUACCAUCCUGUCCCCACUCAACCCACCCUAAUCAUUCUACCAUGAUUUAGGAGGUUGCCAAUGUAAACACCUUAGUUGAUACUCCAUCCCUCAAAUUUCUUGAUGCAGGCAUUAAGGCAAAAAAAA